CGAAUGCUCGCGACUGUGUUAGCGCGCUCCGUGGAACGAUUCCCAGGUUUCCUUAUCGGGGAGUCGAUGCCGCAGUUGCGCGCAGCGCUUUGUCGACGCGCGUAAAAGCCGAAGCCUCAACGGCUGUUCAGAACUGACGGAGUGGCCAUGUGUGGAUCCUCUCAGAGUACUCCUCAGCAAAGUGUGGAGGGUAUGGAGUACCAUCCAGAGGGCUAUGGUGAGCACGACCAACUGCCCAUCGUGUACAACGAUGCCUACAAUAUUUCCUUCUACGGCCUCGAGAAGGUGCACCCCUUUGACGCCGGAAAGUGGGGCAAGGUGUUUGCUGCACUCAGGCGCGCUGGUCUUCUGACAGACAGCAACUUCUACAAACCUCAUGAGGCUACCGAAGAGGAGCUGUUGGUUGUGCACCCGCCCACCUACAUCAACAAACUCAGAUGGAGUGCCUAUGUUGCCACGGUCACGGAGGUCCCUUUGGUGGCCAUGCUUCCCAACUGUGUGGUCCAGAGACGGGUGCUGCGGCCCUUUCGGUACCAGACAGCUGGCACUGUUCUGGCCGCACAACUUGCCCUGGAUCACGGCUGGGCCAUCCACUUGGGCGGCGGAUUUCACCACGCGAGCGCCAACCGAGGCGGUGGCUUUUGCUGCUACGCCGACAUCACCCUCGCUGUGCGCGAGUUGCGGCGACGAGGCAAGAUAAAGCACGUCAUCGUGGUCGAUUUGGACGCGCAUCAGGGCAAUGGAUAUGAACGGGACUUUCUGGGCGACCAAGAUGUGUACAUAAUGGACGUCUACAACAGAGCGAUCUACCCGAAUGACGAACACGCCAAAGGGGCUAUUCGUCGCAAGGUUGAGCUACGGCCAGGCACGUCGGACGAAGCCUACUUAAAGCUUCUAGACGACCACUUGCAGAUGUCUCUGGCCGAGUUCGAUGCUGACUUGAUUGUCUAUAAUGCCGGCACGGACGUCCUCAGUGGUGACAUGCUUGGCCAUCUCAAUAUAUCGGAGAAGGGUGUGGUGAAACGGGAUGAGCUGGUAUUCCGGCGUGUCCGGAGGCAGGGCCUGCCGGUGGUGAUGCUGACGAGCGGCGGCUAUCAGCGCCAGUCGGCGCGUGUCAUUGCCUCUUCAGUACUCAACCUGUGCCGCCAGGGACUGCUGGCCAGACGACCACCACGCCGCAGGGCCAGUAGCAGCACACAAGACAGGAGCUCAGAGGAAGACAAGGAAUGAACAACUGUAUGCCUGGCGACUCAACGCAGCUGCAGCUAAUAUUUAGAGCGUUUCAAAUUUAGGAGAAUGUAUGUGAUCCCCCAUGUGGCAUACAUAAUCUCCCUGAUAAGCUGAUCUGUAACAACAUAGUUUAUUUGACCACUCUGUGUGCUACUAUUUAACUGGCCACUUGUUAGUUAUGUAUUUUUGACAUACUAACCUUGUCAUUAUUUAUUGUGCAGCUCUACUAUUACUGUACAUAUUAAUAGAGAGAGAUAUAUAUGUCAUUGUUGGUAAUAAAAUAUUUAUUAUUAGGCCAA